GGUUCAUCCGCCUCCCUCACUCAGUUCCAGUCCAUUCAUUGUCUCACAGCUCAAAGUUUUACAGAUAUCACAAUCCACUUCUGCUUCUCCACCUUCAUCUAUUCCGAUGAAGUGCUUUCUGUUUGCUAUCCUCGCUUGUUCUUUUCUCAACAUUGCUUCUGCCGGCAGUUUUUACCAGGACUUCGACAUCAUUUGGGGUGAUGGUCGAGCAAAGAUCCUCGACAAUGGCCGGCUCCUUACUUUGUCACUUGACAAAACUUCAGGAUCUGGCUUUCAGUCCAAGAAUGAGUACCUCUUCGGUAAGAUUGACAUGCAGGUCAAGCUAGUUCCUGGCAACUCUGCAGGCACUGUCACUGCCUACUAUUUAUCUUCGCAAGGACCAACGCAUGAUGAAAUCGACUUCGAGUUUUUGGGGAAUCUCAGUGGAGACCCGUACACUCUUCAUACCAACGUUUUCGCACAGGGGAAGGGCAACCGGGAGAUGCAAUUCAAGCUGUGGUUUGAUCCGACCAAGGACUUUCACACCUACUCCAUCCUGUGGAAUCCAAGACAUGUCAUCUUCAUGGUUGAUGGAACACCAAUUAGAGACUUCAAAAACCUGGAAUCCAGAGGUAUUGCUUUUCCUAAGAACCAGCCCAUGAGGAUCUACUCUAGCCUUUGGAAUGCAGAUGACUGGGCUACCAGAGGCGGUGCCAUCAAGACUGAUUGGUCCAACGCACCAUUCCUAGCAUCUUACAGAAACUUCAACUCCGACGCUUGUGUUGCAUCUUCCAGUUCCACCAACUGUGCUUCAGAUGCAGCUACCAUCAAGAGUGGGUGGUGGAACCAAGAACUGGAUUUUACUGGCCGAAAGAGAAUGAAGUGGGUGCAGCAGAACUACAUGAUCUACAACUACUGCACUGAUAGCAAGAGGUUCCCUCAGGGUCUACCCCCAGAGUGCUCCCUUGACUGAGAGAAAUAAAGAGAACGAGCAGUAUUAUUCUUUUAUUCAUAUGCACAGUACGGGAAAUUGUUAUGGUCGUCUUUCUUGUGAGCAAGAUAUGUUGCCACGAAUUAAGAAAUAAAAUUAUUACUUUCUCAGCUGUCUAAGCUGAGCAGAACA